AUGGAGGACGCUGUGACAGACUCUCUUCCCCCGACCCCCGACCGACCACGUGGUAGCAAGCGGAGACGCGACAAUACCGCUACUCCUCCCGAAUCCAGGCCCUGCAGUGCCGCAUCAAUGGAAAAUAUGGAAACGCAGCCUACGCAGCGACAACGCAUCCCGCCGCUGACCAUUGACGCCUUCCAGGGAUGGCACAGCCACGCAGCGGAGCUGUACAAGAUUACAAAUGGCGACUUCCACGCCGUCUGCAGAGCGUGUAAGCUGCCAGAAAUACUUGGCCGAGAAGAAGGGGCCAGUCUCGGGCAUCGCCGCACGCUGGCAGCCGGUGAAAGGACAGCCUCUGUCCCAAGCUGCGCGCGCCGCGCUCCCACUGGCCGGCCGCGCGGCCCAGUCACAGCGCACCGCUCGCCCAGCCGCCACGCGCCCUGCCGCCACGAGCUCAGCCGCCACGUGCUCAGCCCCCCCGCCAUUGGACGAGAGCGGCGACCAACCAGCGCCAGCCAUCCCCCCACCGCUAACGCCCAGCUUAGCGACCCUGCGCCCCUGGAGCUAUCACGUGACGGCGAGCAGCGGACCGACGACCACGGUGAGGAAGACGACUCGGAGACCGAGAAGGAGAGCAGAAGGAGGCGACGUCCACCGAGGAAUCCCGCCAACAGGACGACCAGGCCGAGGACAUGGGCAGAAGCCGUCAAAGCCCCGGCUUAUCCCCAGCAGCCGAGGAACGCAGCGGAGCCGCGCAAGACAGCACAGACCACCCGCCCUGCGGACACCUACGCCCCGCCAGCAGCUAGGCCACACCGGCCUCGCACUACAAGCGAGGAGCGACAAAACGGCCAUUUUCAAGGCCACCAUACCUUUGACCAGGAGGAAAUGUCUGCACUGCUCAGAGUAAUCCUCGAGCAGCUAACAACUGUAACUCGGACUCUGCAGUCGCUGGCCUCUCUUCUUGGCUCCCGACAUGGCUAG